CCGGGGACGCGAGCGUCCGCGCAGACGGGCGCGGUGCGGAGGGAGCCCGCCGCUAUUAACCGCGGAGGUGACGACGACGACAGCGGCGUUUCUCCACGGUAGACAAAGGGAGGCGAUCAGGAACUUUCCCUACCCGGCUCCAACACCACUCUGUAAAAUCGUGGCGUUGUUGGGUGGCGGAGAGGGCCCAGUCCCCCCGCGUGAUCAGGCCAGCCCCCCCCACCCCCAAGCAGAGAAGUAGACAUGAGUACAGGCAAGCCCAGUGGACUCAAACCUCCCAGCAAGAUCAGCCGUGCAGCUGGGUUGCCAGUGAAGACAUCCCCCUCCUCUGGUGCUCAAAAGCUGGUUCCCCCAGAGAAACCUGGUAGCGUGACCUCCUCCACCCGGGAAGGAACCGGAGACUUUCAAGUAGGAGAAAAGGUUUGGGUCAACGGCAACAAACCUGGCUAUGUGCACUUUGUGGGGGGUACACAGUUUGCCCCUGGCCAGUGGGCGGGCAUUGUGCUGGACGAACCUAUCGGUAAAAACGAUGGGUCAGUGGCAGGGGUCAGGUACUUCCAGUGCGAGGACGGAAAGGGAAUAUUCACUCGGCCUUCAAAAUUAUCCAGGACUCUACUUCCGGAAAAGACGGAAAACGGCGGGCGGGACAGCCCAGCCCAGGGGUCCUCGGCCACGAGCGAGUCUGCACCUGCUGGAACUACCUCAGCUGCAGCUCAGGGCACUGGCAUAAAAACAAGUGCGAUGCUUAACCGAACCCUUACAGCUAGCCAGUCGGUAUCCAACCUAUCGGAGACGGACUCGGUGAAGAAGAACAGGAAAGAGCUGAGGUUGGGGGACCGUGUCCUGGUGGGUGGCACCAAGGCAGGAGUAGUGCGGUUUCUCGGAGACACAGAUUUUGCCAAGGGAGACUGGUGUGGAGUGGAGCUAGACGAACCCAUCGGCAAGAAUGACGGCGCUGUGACAGGGACCAGGUAUUUCCAGUGCAUGCCGAGGUAUGGUUUGUUUGCUCCAGCCCAUAAGGUGACACGUAUUGGUUUCCCUUGCACCACCCCCACCAAGUCCAAGAGCUCACAGAGGAGGUCUACAAUAAAGAGGAGCCCCGAUGCCUCCUCCAUGAGCUCGAUUAGCUCCGCUGCCUCGUCUAUCGGUGGGAAACCUAGCCGGACUGGCUUGCUGACAGAGACAUCGUCACGGUAUGCCCGUAAGAUCUCGGGCACCACAGCCCUGCAGGAGGCUUUAAAGGAGAAGCAGCAGCACAUUGAACAGCUGCUUGCUGAGAGGGACCUGGAACGCUGUGAAGUUGCCAAGGCAACUAGUCACGUGGGAGAGGUGCAGCAGGAGCUGGCCCUGUUGAGGAAUGGACAAGAUCAGUAUGCCAUCGAGAUGGAGGCAAAACUGGAUCAGCUGCGCUCGUUGGUGGAGGCAGCCGACCGGGAUAAGGUGGAACUGCUGAACCAACUGGAGGAAGAGAAAAGGAAAGUGGAGGAUCUACAGUUCCGUGUAGAAGAGGCAUGCAUCACCAGAGGUGACCUCGAGACGCAGACCAAAAUGGAGCAUGCCCACAUAAAGGAGCUCGAGCAGAGCCUGCUUUUUGAAAAGACCAAAGCUGACAAACUCCAGAGGGAUUUAGAGGACACUAGGGUGGCCACCGUGUCUGAGAGGUUCAGGAUCAUGGAGUUGGAGAGGGAGGUGGCAGAGCUGCAGCUCAGGCUCAGGGCUUCCCAGCAGACUGAGAACGCCGUUUCCCUGUCCCAGCAGCAGCUCAGCAACCUCAAGGCCCAAGUGCAGUCUCAGGAGAAAAAGAUCAGUGAGCUCAGUGUGGACUUGGAGAGAACGCAGAAGGAGCUACAGACUGUACAAGAAGAUAAGAGCUCUCUAGAGCAACAGCUAAUAAGCCUGAGAGAAAAGCUCGACAUGGCUGAGCACACGAGCACAAGAACAGCAAAGAUCACCCAAGAGCUACAGAAAAAUGUGGAGCAGCUAACUCAAGACAACCAAACCCAGAGGAAGGAAAGCCUGUGCAGAGAGCAAGACUUAAAAGACCAGCUGACACAGGCUAAAGAGGCGGUGGAGAAGACGACUCAGUCGCUUGAUCAGCUGGCCAGUGAAAAGAGGACGCUGGAGACUCAGCUUGAGACUCUGAAACAACAGAAUUCAAAAUACCAGGAAGAGCCAAGUCUGUCCAAUAAGCGCAGUGGUUCAGAAAACCCACGGAUCGGAAUUCUAUGUAAGGAAAUUGAAGAGCUGAAGCUGGCCUCUCACAAGUCUCAGCAGCUUGAGGAGAGCAACAAGGACCAAAACAGUCAACAGCCAGACAUGAAACACAGAGAAAUCAUCUCUAAUCAGGAAAGAGAGGAAGUAAUAAACUCCCAGAAGUCCACCGGAGCCCCUAUCUCAGACAGAGACCGGGAACUUGAAACACUGAGGAAUGAGAUUGCAGUGCUUCGAGGUGAGAACGCUAUGGCCAAGACGCUGCAGUCUGCCGUGGAGACCUUGGAGAGAGACAAAACACAGCUGCAGAGUCGUGUCCACAGUCUUGAACAAGGGUUGAUGGGAAAGCAGGCCUUGGAGGGAGAAGACCAGGAAGUUGCAUCCUCAGGUGGUGCAGCUCUGGAACGACUAAAGGAGGAGAAGGAGUUUGCUGAGGGACAGAUCAACUUCCUGAAUAGUGUGAUUGUGGACCUUCAGCGGAAGAAUGACGAGCUGAAGGUCAAGCUGAAGAAGCUGGUUCUGGCUGAGUUUAAUGGCAACGAUGGAACAGAUGGUUUGGAUGAGGCUGUCACACAGCGGGAGAAGAAGGCUCCUCCUCGGCUCUUCUGCGACAUCUGCGACUGCUUCGACCUCCAUGACACAGAGGACUGCCCCACCCAAGCCCAGAGCCCCGACUCGGUCCCUCACUCCACCUACCAUGGCAACCCGGCUGACCAGAGGCCCUACUGCGACAUCUGUGAGGCCUUCGGACAUGCCACGGAGUCCUGCAAUGACGACCAGACCUUCUAGAAACCUCGAGACUCACACCUGCACCGCACUAAAGAACUUACUGAUAUUUUCCCCCUACUACACCCUUCCCCCGACCUCCCCCAUCACUGCCCAUGAGCACGGCUCCUACACUCCAGCCACUCGCCUGACAGCAGGCCUUACGCAGCCAAAAAAACAGAUUUUCCAUAUGUAUUUUUAUAUUGUAUUUAUGUAUGUCACGGGGGUUAACAGUCGUGUGUCUGAAUCCUGUGUCCUGCAGAAGUCUCGUGAUGUUGGUCCCAAGUCGGACUGAACGUCAUGCAGAAUGCUUUUACAAAGAUGCUGCUGUAACGCUUCUGAUAUUUAUGAUCGCAUUUGUUUUGACUGAUGUUCUUACACGUUUUGUGUGGCGCGGGUGUUGUCUGACAUCGACUCCCGGCGGGCUUUAUUUCUCAACAGGCGAACAGGGAAAAACAUGGCGGCACGUCCGGUGACGGGCGAGGGGGAGCGGAAGCGGCGGACGCCAUGUGUCUCUUGUCACCUUCCCGUCUCCUGCAGGACGUCAGCGUUGUCUUUUAAGAAAAACCAAUCGGUCAUGGGGCAUCCGGGCGGCGUCGCGGUCUAUUCUGUUGCCUGCUGACACAGGGAUCGCCGGCAGAGGUGGAAAAACCCGGUCCAGACAUUAAAACCCCUGUGUCUUUACUCCACCCAUGUACUAAACCAUCAGAUUGCACUGACUAGUUUCCCAAAUCAGCUGGUUUAAUACAUGGAUGGAGUAAAGACGCGGUUAGGGUUGUUACUUUCUGGACCGGGUUUUUCCACCUCUGCUCGCCGGUUCGAAUCCUGGUGUUACACAAUCGGGCGUGUCUGCGGGUGGGAAGCCGGAUAUGGGUGUGUGUCCUGGUCGCUGCACUUGCGCCUCCUCUGGUCGGUCGGGGUGCCUGGCGGUGGUGGGGGAAUUGGGGGGGAACAGCGUGAUCCUCCCACGCGCUACGUCCCCCCGGUGAAGCUCCUCACUGGAAGCAGCUGGCGCCUCCACAUGUAUGGGAGGAGGCACGUGGUAGUCUGCGGCGGAGGGGGGUGGAGAAGAGACCGGGACGGCUCGGAGGAGUGGGGUAACUGGCUGUGUGUACAGUUAGGGAGAAAAGGGGGAACAUUCCAAAAAGAAAAACCAGUCAGAUAGUGUCACUGCUGUGUAGGCUGUUGUGUUGUACAUUUGUUUGUGUAAUAUUGUACAGUGACCCCCCCCCCCCGGGUGUAUUAUUACCCUGUAUUUUAACAUACUGAAACAUACUAGUACUGCAUUAGUAUUUAAUGCAGAGCUUCCUGGUAGAGCAGCACACUUCCAGACUCAUAACAACACAAUGUAAUAAUGAUGUUCUGUUGGACACUUAUGCAAUAUUAUUAUGUAUGCAAGUCUGCGCUGGUCAGUACUCACAAUAUGGCUGUUGUCCAAAUGUACAUUUUUUCAAAGGUUUUUAUUUUUUACAUUAUUUGUUUUGUGUCUUUAUGUUAAAAGCAGUUCAUUCUAAUCAUUUCACUGACAGCCGUGACGUUCCCACAGGGAAAUAAGCCGUCACACAUACAGGCCUGUAUAGUACUACUACUACCACUACCACGGUUAUUACCAGCUAUUACAACGUUAUUACCAGUUAUCUGUUUCAUUAUUAAUGAUGAGGACGUGAGUACUAAUGCUGCAUAAAUGCAGCAUGGUGAUAACAGACAAGCCUCCGCUGGCUCAGCAUCAGCACACGUCACACUCCCAAGGGUGAGACUUGAAGACCGUUAAUAUUGUAUCUAAAAAAGCAUAAAAAGCACUUUUGUCAGAUCAGCUCGUCAGUGAAGCGCGCUGCUGCGUUUUGUAUCGCUUGUGUAUUGCCUAUGCUGUGUCCAUGAGGGUAUACUUGUAUGGCGUUUGUAUCGAAAACGUGUAUGUGUGGCUAAUACAGGUGUGGAGGUGAUGAAG